CCGCCGUCAGACGUGUCAUCCACGAUGUCGAUCCUCUUCGAGCCUGUAGCAGAAUUUUAUCGUGCCGUGUUGAACCCGAUGCAGCCGUUCAGCAGCCUCGCCGGCAUGCCCAUCACCCUGCUCGAUAUUGCAGCAUGCUUCCGGCUGUGUCUGGUGCUGCGCCAGGUUCGCGAGCAGCUCCGGGCGAAGCACGACGAGCGUGUCCAGGCCGCAGCUGAAAUUAGGAAGGUCGAGGAGAGGUCGUUUGUGCGGGAGGCUCUCGCGACGUUGCUUGUCAUAUACGGCGGAGAAGCAAUCACUGCACCCUACCUCCAGCAGACUCCCUCGUUCAUGCUUUCCGGAGCCAUUCCUAUCCUCUACGUCGUGACACAGGGCUGGGUAGAGUUCAUGCAGAACGUCCCUGAGCUAUCCAUGAGCAGCGAGCUCCCGCUCGCGCUUCUUGACGGUCUUACGCGCGCAUACCUGCUUUGUAAUCUCAUCCCCCCCGCAGUCGUUUCACACUCGUCGCCCACCAUCGCGAACUCCCCGUGGACACUGCUUCUCACGUCCCUCGUAACGGCCAACGGAGGCUUCCUGCUCAUCAACAUGUUCAACUUCCUUCAACCCUACCCGCUCACGCUUUCGACGCCUCCGGAGGUUCUCCCGUACGGCUGGACGACCACCGACAUUUGGGUCGCACCAAUCAUCACCGCCCUCUACGCUACGCUGACGCACGCGCAGCCCUACUGGACCGGGUUGCACUACUCUGCACUGGGCUGGAUUGGCGGGGCUUCCGUCGGUGAGGACGGAGUCGGGAGUGUCGAACCCGUGGACCCAGAGAUCGCGCGUGCGGUAUGCGCCGUCAUCCUCGCCGGGCUGUUCUCCGUCAGAACGUACAAGAUAUUCGCGGUCGCUGAGAAGAAGCCCGCUGUGAAAGCGCCGUCGGAGAAGGUGAAGACGCAGUAAUCAGGCAAUGCGGUACAGGAGUUCGAAGGAACGGCUAAUACACGACUUAUGAUCGAUUCUUGGAUUAUGGAUUGUAUAUCACUGCUCUUGUAUCUAGGAUACUAGAUGGAAAUGCGUUGCUGCCCGAAAGGGCAACUUCGCCCAGGCAAGG